AUGGCGAUAUGGCCAUUUGGUCGCAAGAAGCGUCACACGAUCCAAGUGAGCCCUGACGAGGCCAAUGUUUUGCAUCACGCCAUCGAAGAGCAUCAGGCUGCCUCUCCCGCCCCCAUCGCCGAACCGACCUUGAGCCGUAAACCGUCCCGGCGGGUAUCUCGGCGAUACAGCAAGCGAUGGUCGCAUAAUGGCGAGAAUUCUGAAAAUCAAGGGUCUGGAGCUGGUCAAAGGGUCCUAUCCAACGGGCCACCCUCGUCCAUCGAUCACCGUCAAGGAUCGGAGAUGGAGAGUGACCGAGCUGGACCCGAUGUGACCUACCCGCGACCCAUGUCACGGUCGGGGUCCCUCUUGAAGAAGCAGCCGAGCGCUGCUGGACCGAAGAAACUCCGGAAGAGUAAGCGACAGACGGAUGAGAUUCUGCGCGAGCGGGAAAUUAAGCUACUGUCGUCGACCCCCAUCGAUAUCCCGCGCCGUGGAGCUGCAUUAGGAAGCAAUGAGUAUGGACCGGAGUAUCGUCGACGAAGGGCAAACGGACGCCGUGCGAAUCGUUACAUGUCAGACAUCAGCCUCUCGCUCCGAGAUUCCGCCGCCUCCUCGCUUUCCGAUGUUUCCGACUCUUACACGUAUAAGGUCAACGGAUUCGCAGCAUUGACUCCGCGCCCCGUGGUUCGCUACGUGGAAACUCCUCGUUCAUCGGUCGCCCGAAACCACAACCCCCCCGCCCGGGUCGCUAAUGAUAAUGAGAGGAAGCCGGAUCGAUCGCCGUCUGGGGAGGAUUUGUACCGAUCCCGGAGGCGAGUGAAUGAACUGGCUGACUCCCUUGACGCCAGCACCCUGCGUGAACUGCUUGAACGAGACCGUCGUCGCCGGGAGAAGAAGCAACUUGAAGAUCAAGAAAAGCUUCGUCGGAAGCUCCAAGAACGCGCCGACGCACAGGCAGCGGAAGAACAACGGCAAGCCAUUGACGCCACCCAAGUAGCUCAAGUGGUAGAAUCACAGGAGUCGGGCCUCGGCGCAUCUUCUGACCAAGUCGAUCCUCAUCGUGACAUCAUCCUGGAGGAGGCCAUUGCUGAGGAACCGGAGCCUGAAGCACCUGGUGAGGCAUCUGGUACCUGGUUGCAGGACCCUUCCAAACACAGCGAAGAGGACUUGGAAAGCGUACACGUUGUCGGAAAUAUUGAUGAUAGCUCAAUUCGAGAACGUUCCCUAUCCGUGCGACCCAGCUUUGCGCCCUCGCACGAGAUGGGCAUGUCUCGCACUACACUGUCCCCCUCCCAGUCAUCUUUCCGUCAAGGAAUGCACAGCCCCAGCCAGUCGCAAAUCCAGGGACACGGGUCCACGUCCGACAUCUCAGAGCGUCGCACAUCCGACUCUGCCAGUCGUCGAGGAGGAAGUGCUAUCACAUCACUAUUUCGACGCGGUUCCUCCCGUCUCAAGCGACAUUACCGGGAGAAAUUCCAAGAUUCGAGCCCGGACGUCUCCAAUGCAUCCCACGAGUCCUUCUAUCGCGUGCAAACUCAGUCCUCGCCCCCUCCUCCGUCUUUCCUUGCUCCUCGAACAUUUAUCCCGACCGGUACCGUGAAGCGAUCGCAAUCCAAGUUCACGGAACACUUUGGUGACGAGCCAAUGUCUCCUCCCGACUCCCGUCUUCAGUCACCCGAUAUUCCUGAACAGGUCCCUGAAUCUUCGAUGGAGAAUGAAGAGCACGCCACGUUUUUACGCGGGCCAACCCCGCCCUUUGGCGGCGUCGAUAUCAUCAAUGCUAAGAAUCGGCGUCACCUCUCCAGCACAGAUAGCUAUGACGCCGAGUCGGAAAAUGUCCCUCUUUCUCAAUCUUUGGCAUCAAUUGACUCCGAAGGAUCAUGGAUGUCGGGGCAAUUCUUCCGCAGUAUGUCGCAAAGAGCUUCUGGAAGCCCUGCUCGACCUAUGACAUCCUUUGGCACUGCCAUAGAAAGUCCCGUGGAUGGGCAUCACGAUGUUCGGGACUCGAUCGAUUCUCGAAGGGCCAGCAGCCAUAUUAUGGGCGAGCCAGAGCUACUGGAUGGUGACGAGGUCUCUAUGAGUGAUUCUGCCAAGGCUGCUGAGACGUGGCACCACAGUGAGGUUGGUCGCCGAGCGAUCCUGGUCACACCCAGUACUCGAUCCAAGUCCAACGCUGGGAUCAUCAAAGCAUUUCCCUCGUUAUCGCCCAUUUCUGCGGAGGAUGGUGAUACCGACGAAGAGGUGGACGAGCAGAAGGCGAAGAAAGCCCCUGCACACCCACAGCGCAUCCAGAGCAUGCACGGUGUCAUUUGUAACGCCGAGGACGAGUAG